CUAAAACCAAUCACCAGUGGUCCAGAUAUCAACCAAGACAUCAUGUCAGAGGUACUAGGCCCCUCCCAAGAUACACAACCUCUUAUAGAAGAAAUUCCGUCAAGACUUGACGAGCAACACACCAUUACAACAGAAACCCUCGGCUUUCUCAUUCACCCCAACAUCCCCAUCCCGCCCCGCUCCUCUGGCGGCACGGGCUCUCCCAACCUCAAGAUAGCCGACAUCGGCACGGGUACCGCCAUCUGGCUCCUCGACGUGGCCAAGACCUUGUCCGCAACAACAACACCAACCACAACAACAUGCCACCUCACGGGCUACGACAUCUCGGCCUCGGCCUUCCCGCCGCCCCAGACCCUCCCGCCCAACGUGUCCCUCCGGACGCACGACAUGCGCGUGCCCUUCCCGGACGCCGAGCUCGGCACCUACGACCUGGUCGCGGUCCGCUUCGUCAGCAGCGCCAGCACGCGGCGCGAGUGGGCUCGGGCGGUGACCAACAUCGCGGCUCUGCUGAAGCCCGGCGUCGGGUGGCUUCAGUGGAUUGAUUCGUGCAACUUUGCCUUGUAUAAUUCUGUGCCGGGAACGUCACGGGGGGCGUGCAGGGAGAUUUAUGACGGGGUGCAAAGCGCUUUUGUUCCGGCUAGGGGUGGGGAUGAGGGUGACGAAGUGGUCAUAGGGCUGAUGAUGCGGGAGGCGGGGGAUGUGAGGCGGGAGGAGGUGUUCAGGGACGCUGGAUUGGUGGACGUGCAUGAGGAUGUGUUUUCCACCGACAGGUUGCAGGAGCCGGAGUUGGAGUUGAGGGAGAAGGGGACGAGGAAUAUCAUUGUGUGCUUUCUGGGAUGUCUGGAGGGGUUGGUCGGCGUUGAGGGGAGCGGGUGGACCAGCGAGAGGAUUGCAAGGGUGAAGCAAGAUGCGAUGAGAGAAGUCGAUCAGGGCGUGUAUCAUACCCUUGAUCAGGUUUGUAUUGUCGGGAGACGUGCUACCUAGGUACUGCAGCAUGCCCCUUUGCAGAACGCUGAUUGUACAGCUAUCUCGAUGCUGAUUUUGUUCUCGUUGUUUAUGUUGUUCACUUCGAUUUAUUGUAAAUUAUCCAUAAAUCGUUUCCAGAACAGAGACGGCGAGUCCAGGAUCUUAAGAACGGGACUGUACUUGGGUACUGAAUAGGAGACUGGGC